AUGACGACUGAACCUGUAGGGUUUGGAGUUUUCUUUGCAGGAGUUUUCCUCAGUGGUGUGUUCCUUUUUGGAUCUGGAGAGAAAAAUUCUUCCUCUGAAGAUACUAUCAAAGAGGAAAGGAAGCCUGUGCUUCUGGAAGAUAUCCCAAGUACUGCAGCCUUCAUUGAUGGAGCUGAGGUGGCAGUUGUUGGAUUCUUUGAGACUGCAGUAGGCCUCUUUGAUAGUGCAGUUCAGACCCAUCUUCUUCUGUUCAGUGACAAGACGUCCCCACUGCAUACUGAGAGGAUUAACAAGUACCGUGAAGCAGCAGUAGCCUUUCAAAGCAAGGCUCUGUUUAUCCUGGUGGACAUCAGCAUCCAGGGUAAUGAUCGGGUUCUGUCUUAUUUCCACUUAAAGAAGUCCCAGCUACCUGCCUUGGCUGCCUUCUACACUGCUGAUGAGGAGCAGGAUGUGCUGCUCUUGGAUGAAGUCUCUGUAGAGAGAAUAACAGAUUUUUGUAAUGCCUUCUUGGAGAAAAAGGGAGAAGUGAGUAUACAGAUGAGUUUUUGCACACAUGAUUCCUUGACUAGUCAACAGCUUGCGAUAUCCUUGACAUCAUCCUGGAAAUUUGGUGCUAGCUUUUCUCUUCUUGUCAACAUCAUUUCCAAAUUUAUGCCUAAAAAACUAUAG